GAUAGAGAUGAAGCUCUCUCGAAUCAUUCGCGUGGCCGGCUGCCCUCGACUCAUGUCUCCCCUGAGAGGGUAGCGCAACGGUUUUUCGCUCCUAGCAUCAGCCGUGGGGAGUGACUGUAGCUUCGCGGUUCAUUAAAGUGUACGUUCCCGACCUUCCGCACCGCGCUGGCAUCUUUCCUGUAUGUCGCCAUCUCAGAAUCCGCCAUCCUCUUGGUUCAGUCGUCGUCGUUCUCGUCUGGUUCCAUCAAGAAUCAUCAUUGAUCGUGCCAAUCGGAAAACACCCUAGAGGCUUUACGAGGCGAGCCGCUGUCUCGCGCUCGUGCCAGCAAACAUGCCGGGCGGCCCUCAUGUUCCUUUGGAGGUGGCCAUGUCGUGGAAGUCAAACUACGUAAACCCUCCCACGCAUGGCUCUGGAAUCGUCGUCGAGGAGAGCAUCCUGUUGGGACUAUGUUAUCUCACAGUCGCUCUCCGCGUGUACACGCGAGGAUUCCUCGCAAAAAACUUCGGCCUAGACGAUCUCCUCAUCAUCAUGAACCUGAUCCCCUUGACAGGUUUCGCCGCUAUCCUUAUCCUAGCGUUCACGAAGUACGGAUGGGAUAAACACAUUUGGGAUAUCCCUCCUGACCAAUUGGUUCAGGCGCGAAAGGCUAUGUUCGCCAUGGAGAUUAUCUAUCUUUGGUCCUCUAGUACUACAAGGAUCUCGAUUCUGUUGUUCUACAGACGACUGGGUGGAUCUGUGUCACAGGUAUUCCGCUACACCGUGUAUGCUGCUAUUGCCUCUGUCAUGAUUUAUAAUAUCGGCUACAAUAUCUUUGCUUUCACUCAGUGCACACCUUUGAAUGCAUAUUGGAACAUGGGUAAUGCGUUCUGGCUGCUUGCUCACCAAGGCGACUGGAAAUGUGCCGAUGAAGCAGCUGCAGUCGUCACAGCUGCAGCUAUAAGCAUGGUGCAGGACUUCUUGGUCUGCAUCCUGCCUAUGGCGUUGUUCUGGCAUCUUAAGAUCUCCUUCAAGCAAAAACUCGCACUGACGGGCAUAUUCGGUGUUGGUUUCUUUCUAUGCAUAUGCGGCAUCCUCCGCAUGAUUUACAUUAUCAAGAUCUAUUUCUAUACUUACGACAUGACCUGGGUAUCAUUGCAAAUUUGGAUAUGGUCUGGGAUUGAGUCGCACGUUGCAAUCAUUGUCGCUUCACUGCCAGCUUUGAAUCACUUCUUUGGAUAUGUCAAAGCAGGCAAAGUUGUGAGCGGAUUGAAGUACGGGACCUCGAGGACAGGUGGCAGCAGCCGGAAGGGCUACGACCAAACAACAUCGCAAACCAACAGCCAAAUUGGCUACGAAUCCAAGACAGCCGAGGCCUACGAUAGGGCAAUUCAUGUCACGCAUGACGUCAGAUUGGAGGAGUUCGUCAAUGACAAGAGAUACGACUUGUACAACCCGUCGGACUUCGAUGAUCAGCCUUGGACAAAUAGCAGUCGCUUCGAUGACGUAGAAACAACAGCAGAGAGGACACCAGAACAAACCUCGACGACUUGGCUGGAGGAUGAUACAUCUGGGGAGGAAUCGGCACCCGAAAAACCCGGACCGGAGCGAAAGUAUUCUGGUUUCGCUGACUCGCGGCGUUUCUAUUAGCCACGCCUUGGUAAUUGUGAGUGUUCAGCGCUCAGCGUCCGCCAUCCAUGCGGACCCCCUCCCCUCUCAACACAGUGCCAGAGCUUGACGAUUUUCUAAAGAAGAAAAAAAAAAUUACAUGGACCCGUAUAUGGGAUUCUGCAUAUUGGCGAUGUAAUGAUACCCUUUCCAGCAUUGUGGCGUGUCCUAGAAAUCAUAGCUGGUACCAACUCUGUACAUAGAUAAAUCAUCUUACUUUUCGACCGCGUUGUUUACGAAUGCUCCUAUGCCAGCAAGAUCUACCUGUCUUCAUAAUGACAG